AUGACGGUGUCGCAGCUGCGGGCCCUGAUGGAGCUGCGCGGGGCGGCGGGGGCGGCGGCCCUGGAGGAGCGUUUCGGCGGGGCGCUGGGCCUGUGCGCCCGGCUCAACUCGCACCCGGACCACGGGGCGGAGGGGGACCCGUCGGUCCGGCGGGAGCGCUACGGGAGCAACGAGCUGCCGCGGCCGCGGCCCAAGACCUUCCCCGCGCUGCUGUGGGACGCCCUGAAGGACGUGACGCUGAUCUUCCUGGAGGCGGCGGCCGCCGUGUCGCUGCUGCUCGCCUUCUACGAGCCCCCGACGGGCAGCGCCGAGCGCCACUGCCUGGGCCGGAGGCGGCGGCGGCCGGCGGGGGCCGAGGCCCCGGAGGCCCCGGAGGCCCCGGAGGCCCCGGAGCCCGAGGAGCUCCGCUGGCUCGACGGGCUGGUCCUGCUGCUGUCCGUGGCCACCGUGGUGCUGGUGACCGCCUUCAACGACUGGAGCAAGGAGAGGCAGUUCCGCGGGCUGGAGAAGCGCAUCGCCCGGGAGCAGACGGUGGCCGUGGUGCGGGCCGGCCGGGUGGCCCAGGCGCCCGUCGCCGACCUCGUGGUGGGCGACGUGGUGCAGGUCCAGUACGGCGACAUGGUGCCCGUGGACGGGGUGCUGCUCAGGGGCCACGACGUCAGGGUGGACGAGAGCUCCCUGACCGGGGAGACGGCGCUGGUGGCCAAGUCGCCCCGCGGGGACCCCAUGCUGCUGUCGGGCACCUUCGUCAUGGAGGGCUCCGGCAGGAUGCUGGUCACGGCCGUGGGCGCCAACUCCCAGACGGGCAUCCUCCUGGCCCUGCUCACCUCCGACGCCCCGGCGGGGAAGGCCGCCAAGGAGCGGCGCUGGUGGCGGCCCUGGGGGCCCCCGUCGGGGGACACCGCCACCGCCGCCGCCGCCGCCUCCGACGGCUCCGUCGACGGGCCGCGGCCCAGCCUCACCCCGAGAGCCGCCGCCCUCCCCCCCAAGCAGAAGAGCGUCCUCCAGGAGAAGCUGACCCGCCUCGCCAUCCAGAUCGGCAAGUUGGGCUUCCUCGCGGCCAGCGUCACCGUCCUCACCCUGGUCGCCUCCUUCGCCGUCGACGUCCUCGUGGCGGCGGGGCGGCCGCCCCGGCUCCCCGGCUGCCUCCCCACCUACUCCGCCUACCUGGUCAAGUUCUUCAUCAUCGGCGUCACCGUCCUGGUGGUGGCCGUGCCCGAGGGCCUCCCGCUGGCCGUCACCAUCGCCCUGGCCUACUCCGUCAAGAGGAUGAUGCGGGACAACAACCUGGUGCGGCACCUGGACGCCUGCGAGACCAUGGGCAACGCCACCGUCGUCUGCUCCGACAAGACCGGGACGCUGACCGUGAACCGGAUGACCGUCGUCCAGGCCUACAUCGGGGACACCCACUACAGGGACCUCCCCGAGCCCGGCGCCAUCUCCGACGUGACGUUGAGCCACCUCCUCGCGGCCAUCUCCGUCAACUGCUCCUACUCCUCCGACGUGCUGCCGCCGCAGCCCGGGGCCAAGGACCCCCGGCCGGUGGGCAAUAAAACCGAGUGCGCCCUCCUGGGCUUCCUCGCGCGCUUGAACCUGGACUUCCGGGAGGAGCGCAGGAGAACGCCGCAGGAGAGCCUGUUCAAGGUCUACACCUUCAACUCCGACAGGAAGUCCAUGAGCACCGUGCUCAAGCGCCCCGACGGGACCUUCCGGGUCCUCAGCAAGGGGGCUUCGGAGAUCAUGCUCCAUAAGUGCACCAGGAUCCUCGGCACCAACGGGGUGGACAAGGCCCUGACGAAGCAGGACAGGGAACGCAUCCUCGAGGGCAUCCUCGAGCCCAUGGCCGGCGAGGGGCUCCGAACCCUGUGCCUGGCGUUCAGGGACCUCCCGGUCUGCGGCCAGGAGCCCGACUGGGACCGGGAGGAGGAGAUCGUCAGCGACCUCACCUGCAUCGCCCUGGUCGGCCUCGAAGAUCCCCUGAGGGAGGAGGUGCCGGACGCGAUAAGAAACUGCCAGCGGGCCGGCAUCACCGUCUGCAUGGUCACCGGGGAUAACCUCAGCACCGCCCGGGCCGUCGCCUUGAAGUGCGGGAUCCUGAACCCCCGGGAAAGCUUCCUCUGUAUGGAAGGCACCGAGUUCAACAGGCUGAUCCGGAACGAGCAGGGAGAAGUCGACCAGGAGCUCUUCGACAGGGUCUGGCCGCGGCUCCGCGUGCUGGCGAGGUCCACCCCGUCCGACAAGUAUAACCUGGUCAGCGGGAUCAUUGAGAGCCGGGCCCUGGGACGGAGGCAGGUGGUGGCGGUGACCGGCGACGGCACCAACGACGGGCCGGCGCUGAAGAAGGCCGACGUCGGGUUCGCCAUGGGGAUCGCCGGGACGGACAUAGCCAAGGAAGCCUCGGACAUCAUCCUCACCGACGACAACUUCACGAGCAUCGUGAAGGCCGUCAUGUGGGGCCGGAACGUGUACGACAGCAUCGCCAAGUUCCUGCAGUUUCAGAUGACGGUCAACGUCGUGGCCACCGUCGUGGCCUUCACGGGGGCGUGCGUCACCCAGGACUCCCCCCUCAAAGCGGUGCAGAUGCUCUGGGUCAACCUCAUAAUGGACUCCUUUGCCUCCCUCGCCCUGGCCACGGACCCGCCCACCGAAGCCCUCUUGCGCAGGAAACCUUACGGCAGAAAGCAACGGCUCCUCUCCGACGCGAUGAUAAGAAACAUCGUGGGCGGCGCCAUCUAUCAGGUCACGGUCAUCUUCGGGCUUCUGUUUGCAGGGGAGAAGAUAUUUAACAUAGACAGCGGGAGGAAUCCCGACCUGCACACCCACCCCACCGUCCACUAUACCAUGGUGUUCAACACUUUUGUGUUGAUGCAGCUUUUCAACGAGAUCAACGCCCGCAAGAUUCACGACGAAAGGAACGUUUUCACAGGCCUCCUCAGCAAUAACGUCUUCUGCCUAGUCGUCGGGAGCACGUUCGUCGUGCAGUUUUUCAUCGUGCACUACGGGGGAAAAGCUUUCGGCUGCGCACAGCUCAGCCCGGAAAUGUGGUUGUGGUGCAUUUUCCUGGGAAUGGGAGUUUUGAUCUGGGGGCAGCUGGUAAUCUCCGUUCCCCACGAAUACGUUGGAAUCGUCAUCAAUUUCUUGGGGUGUCAGAAAGCCAGGGUGUCCUUCGAGGAGUCACAGGCAAAAGUCAGGUCGAGUCCUAGCCAGGUUAUGUGGAUGCGGAGCACAAGCAGGAUACAGACUCAGAGCAAAGUGGUAAGAGCGUUUCAGUCUUCGACCUAUGAAAACGUUUCCAUGGCACAGCUGGCACGCCUGUCUUUGAAGUAAAAGGCUUGCCCGUCGCAGUUUUGGUACACAUUUCCGUAAACUGAACACCUCGGACAUCUCUUUCUCAUUAAAAUCUAGUUACCUCAACAAAAGUAGUCAUUUUUAAAUGUUGGUUAACCACCGGAGAUGACCGCGUUUUUUUUCGGUUCAUCGCCAUAGAGCCUUUUGUGCUGUUCUGAGAGCGCCAUCUUUCUCUCUCUCUCUCUCUCUCUCCUCUCUCUCUCUCUCUCUCUCUCUCAUUUAAAUCGAGGCAAAGUUUAACAGCAUCCCCUCAUAUCGGUGGCUAAACAGUCCCGGACAGAGAAAUAACCUGUUAAAAUAAUUUAACUCCAGAAUGAUCAGACAGUACUCCCCUUACAAAAUUUUUAUUUCUUUUGCUCUUGUUUUUGGUAAGGAUCUGGGUUAAAAAAAAAACUUAUUUAAUUAGUUCAUUAAUUUUGGCCUCUGAUGAGAACCUGCGUUAUUUAUAUUAUGAUAAAAAAAAUUAUUCCAGGCUAUGUAGGUUCUAAAAGCUAGACUGUUGGAAGAUGACAAACGUCCCUUUAAACAGUUUUCAGAAAAGCAUGGGCCUCCAGAUCCUACUUUAUUUUCAAGAGUGUGAUACUUUCUAAGAGGUACUGAUUUAUUCCUUGUUACAUAUUGUUAGAGAAUUAAUAGGUAUUUUUACAAGAAAUAGACAGCACAAGCGUUCAAUCAGAAUAUAAGUAGCGGUGAUCUAAAGAAUCGUAUAUAGCAUCAUUUCCU